GCAUGAUGAUGAUCCACGGUUCAACUCUAGAAACAUGUGCAUGAACCUCGCCAAGGCUUCUCCGCCGUCACGAGACAAGUUGAUGACGUCUAAGUCCAAACUUGAAACCAUUAGCCAGAGAAAUUCCCAUCUCUUCGACAAAACGCUCGUCUUAACGGAAUCGCCUGUCGGAAGUUUAAGGUAUGAGAGUAUCCGAGCUACCAUGAAUGCAUCAGAAUCUAAUCAAAAUUCAUCACUCUUGAUUCUCCACCUUUGA